AUGCCAUCGCCUCUAGCCUUGUGUCGCUACCUCCCUAGCCAGCUGUCACCAUCGGUGGACUCACGGCCCUGCAGCAGCCCCUUGGUGGCCCCACGGAAGGCAGGGAAGCUCUUCCUGGGAGCCACUCCUCCCCCAGUCCCGCGGCUGCCACGCCGGCUGGCUUGGUGCUCCAUUGACUGGGAACAGGUAUGCCUGCUGUACAGGCUGGGCUCUGGGGGGUUCGGCUCAGUGUACAAAGCCACCUACCGCGGUGUUCCUGUGGCCAUCAAGCAAGUGAACAAGUGUACCAAGAACCUACGUGCAUCCCAGCGGAGUUUCUGGGCUGAACUCAACAUUGCAAGGCUGCGCCACGAUAAUGUAGUCCGGGUUGUGGCCGCCAGCACGGACACACCAGAGGGCUCCAACAGCCUAGGUACCAUAAUCAUGGAGUUCGGGGGCAAUGUGACUCUGCACCAAGUCAUCUACGGGGCCACCCGCUCCCCGGAGCCUCUCAGUUGCAGACUGAGUCUGGGGAAAUGCCUCGAGUAUUCCCUAGAUAUUGUUAACGGCCUGCUUUUCCUCCACUCACAAAGCAUUUUGCACUUGGACCUGAAGCCAGCAAACAUUUUGAUCAGUGAGCAGGACGUCUGUAAGAUCAGUGACUUCGGCUGCUCCCAGAAGCUGCAGGAUCUGCAGACACCCCCUCGCCACGUAGGGGGCACGUACACACACCAAGCUCCGGAACUCCUGAAAGGAGAGAUCGCCACGCCCAAAGCUGACAUCUACUCUUUCGGCAUCACCCUGUGGCAGAUGACCACCAGGGAGGUGCCUUACUCGGGCGAGCCUCAGUACGUGCAGUACGCAGUGGUAGCCUACAAUCUGCGCCCGUCACUGGCGGGGGCGGUGUUCACCACCUCCGGGAAGGGACAGACGCUGCAGAGCAUCAUCCAGAGCUGCUGGGAGGCCCGCGCCCUGCAGAGGCCGGGUGCCAAACUGCUCCAGAGGGACCUGAACGCUUUCCGAAAGGCACUAGGCUGA